AUGCUACCCUUUGUUGCCCUGCGGGUAGUUGCGGCGCUGGUUGUUACAUUAUUUGGAGUGUCAGGUGUUGUGUCACCACUCCUUUGUCUAUCGAAUAAAUGCACGACGCUGUUUGGUGGUGGAACGCAUACAACGUUUCCACAUACACUUUCGUUAGCGAACUGUUUUGCUGCAGGAAUGCUGAUCACUAUUGCCGUUUCACAUUUCUUUUUGCACGCGCUCGAGGAUGCUGCAGCACGAAACGCCGAUCCCUCACUGGUAUCUUUAAUUAUGCUUAGUGGUAUUCUCCUCCCCACUGUUCUUGACCGCAUCGUUGACAAGAAAGAUGGAGAGGAAAGUGAGAGAAAUCGCAGCAACGGUUGUUGCCAUGGUCACGGCGCUCUGUUGGCACAAGAUGACAUUCACCAAGGUGGGAGGUGUGGUGUCCCACUCGUUCUGCUGCUCAUGUUCUUUCAUGCUGCCAUGGAGGGUGCUGUGUUGGGUCUUGAGCCAGAUGACCCAUCACUGUUAACCAUAGUCGUGCCGCUGUGCGUUCAUCGCCUCCUUGAUGGUGUUGCCAUUGGUGUAGCGAUAUCAAAGAAGUUGUUUCUCGCUACUAGUUGCAGUUCUGAGGAGCUUUUACUCCUUCAUGCUGAUGGGAUAGGAGAAUGUACUCAUAACGCCGGCCGCUUGCACGGGGGCGUUGCCUCCACUGAAAUGUGCUUGGUGCGAAAAUUUGACCGAAAACUAAGGGACGAACUUUGGAGGUGGCCCGUGUUGCUUUGGUUGGCCAUAACACCCGCUGUGGCUUUGAUUUCUGCGGUUCUGUGCAGUUCCUCUUCCGAUGCCGCUGGAGGACACUGCGUGGGGAAACACAGGGACCGGUAUUGCAAGGGGCAUCGGCCAAUUCCCCAUAACGACACUAGGGAGUUAUUUAAAAGCGAACAUAUCCGCGGGAUUGGAUCUUUGAAUUCUCUUGUUGGGGCCGCAGGCGGUGGUCUUUUUCUUUUUGCUGGUCUGAUGACAAUACUGCGUGAGGAAGUGCAUGGUUUGGCGGCGUGUGUUUCCCUCCUACUGGGGGUGCUGGUAACGCUGCUCCUUGGGCGAAUUGAAAUAUGA